UCUCGUGACGUCACCGCCUGCUCGGUAAACCGAGAACGUGUCUCGCGCUCUCCCUGUCUGUUCCAUGAGGAAGGAACAAACCGGAGGUGGUGAACUCACCUGUGCGCCCGCUCACCUGGCCGCGCGGCUGACUGCUAGAGUGCGCGCGCGAGUGCGCGCAGGAGUCCAGAGGAGGAGGAGCGGAGGAAGAAGUGGUUCGGAGUUCUCAGUAGUUUCUGCUCCUCCGGAGGCUCCGAACAUGAACCGGACUGGAAAGUUCCUGCUUCUGCUGCUGGCUCUGGGAGCCCCGUGCACGCGCGCGGACACCUUUGAAGCCUGUUUAACUGGUCAGACUCCAAACUGCAUGCUGGUCCAGUCCAAAGAGGACAACUUUGACUGGGAGCAGGGGGACACCAGAGACCGGCCCAACAGCAACCCGUGGAUUCCUGCAGGUUCUUCCUUCCUGUUUGUGAACACCUCGGGUCGAUACAGCGGUCAGCGUGCUCAGCUGUUACUGCCUCAGCUCAGGGAGAACGACACCCACUGCCUCACCUUCAUGUUCUACCUGGCAGGAGGACGGGAGGGCGUUGCACCCGCAACUCUCAAUGUCUACAUCAAAGAGAACAACAGUCCUCUGGGACUUCCAGUGUUCAACUCAUCUGGCCCAGCUUACCAUAUAUGGAAAGGGGUGGAGCUUGCUGUUUCCACUUUCUGGCCAAAUUACUACCAGGUGGUGCUAGAAGCAGUCAGCACGGGUCAGAGAGGAGUCCUGGCCGUCAAGGACAUCAUGCUGCUGGGACACCAGUGCAUGAGCACGCCGCACUUCCUGCAUAUCAAAGGAGUGGAGGUGAACGCGGGACAGACGGCCACCUUCCACUGCACUGUUAACGGACGGCCGCAGAACAACUUGUUGCUCUACCUGCAGGGGAUAGGAGGUCGUGAGGCCAUCGUCAAGGAGACCAGACUGGUGAACUCCCGGCGCUACGUGGUGAACUUUGAUGUGAAAAACACGACUAAAGGCGACUCUGGACGCUAUCGGUGCAUCGCCCAGUCAGAACGGGGUGUGGGCGUGUCAUCCUACAAUGACCUGACAGUUAAACAACCCCCUGUACCAAUCGCCCCUCCCCAGCUGACAGCAGUUGGUGCCACGUACCUUUGGAUCCAACUCAACGCCAACUCCAUCAACGGAGAUGGACCCAUCAUCGAGAGAGAGGUGGAGUACCGAACAGUGUCGGGCAUGUUGAUAGACACCACACCUGUUGAUAGGCCCACCCAUAAGAUUGGUCACCUGGAUCCUGAUACAGAGUAUGAGAUCAGUGUUCUCCUCACCAGACCCCUGGAAGGAGGGACAGGAAGUCCCGGGCCGCCGCUCAGAGCCAGGACCAAAUGUGCAGACCCGAUGCACGGCCCACAGCACCUCAGGGUUGUUGACGUUCAGUCCAAACAG